GGGACCGUGGGGCCCCGUGCCCGCGGCGGCCGUUGCCGGGGCGCCCGUUGCUAGGGGCGCCGUUACGACAGACGCCCGCCCGGCGCUCCACUCCCUGAGCCCGGUGCUGGCGGCUCUGCGGCGCCAUGGACGACCUACGGGUGCUGUGGAUGCGCGACCGAGUGUACACCGCCUUCGGCAUCACAGACCCCCAGCUCUUCGAGGAGUUGCUGAACCGCAACGACGGCGAGGUCGAGGACCUCAUCCUGCACUUCCUCAACCAGAGCAGCGACGAGGAGGGCGCCUCGACUCUCUUCUUCUACCGCAAGGUGGUGCCCGAGGAAGUGGAGGUGGAGAUAGACGGCGAGAUUCCUGGCCGGUUGGAGGAGGAAGAAGAGACCCAGUCGGUGGAUAGAGCAUCAGCUAAGAAUUUGCAGCUGAGAACGUGUUCCAUACCUCAACCUUCCACUGGCCUAGAGGAUGAAGAAAUGGACCAAGAGAAGGUAGAGAACCCCCACGUCAAAAAAACUGUUAAGCAAAUCGUGGAAAAGACAUCUCUCCAUGUGCUUCGUACUCCUGUUCCUGAGGAGUUUCUGAACCAGAAUGUGGUAUAUUUUCUCAGAAAUACAAAAGAGACCAUCUCUGAGGCGACAGACAUGAAGGAAGCUGUGGAAAUUAUGCCCGCAACACUGGAGUAUGGAAUUAUAAAUUCACAUGUGCUUGGUCUCCUGAAGGAUAUUAUAUGUCAGGUUUUCUUGCCAGCCUUGUCCUUCAGUCAGCACAAGGAUGCGAGCCUGGGAUUCACAUCUGGAGAAGUCUCGGACUCUUUUGAGUACGACAUAGACCUACCUAGCAUGCCCGGGGAAGCAGUAAAAUAUCACAGCAUUCAAUUAAUACGGGAUGAAUUUUUAAUGAACAUCCAGAAAUUUGCAAGUAAUAUUCGAAGAACAAUGCAGCAACUUGAAAGUGAGAUCAAGUUAGAAAUGCCAAGCAUCAGUGUAGAGGGAGAGGUGUCUGACCUGGCAGCUGACCCAGAAACCGUGGAAAUUUUGGAGCAGUGCGUGAUAAACUGGUUGAAUCAGAUAUCAGUAGCUCUUGAGGACCAGAUAAAAAAGACGCCUCAGGGUAAUGGUCCUCUGGCCGAAAUUGAAUUCUGGCGAGAAAGAAAUGCCACUCUAAGUGCACUCCAUGAACAAACAAAGCUUCCAGUAGUCAGAAAAGUCUUGGAUGUGAUCAAGGAAUCAGAUUCUAUGCUUGUGGUCAACCUGCAGCCUGUCUUAACUGAAUUGUUCAAGUUCCACAUGGAGGCCUCAGACAAUGUGCGGUUUCUUUCCACAGUGGAACGUCAUUUCAAAAACGUAACGCAUGGAUCUAGCUUUCACGUUGUCUUGGAAACAAUCCCCUCCAUGAUGAGUGCCCUGAGGAUGGUGUGGAUCAUCUCCCGACACUACAAUAAAGACGAGAGGAUGAUUCCGCUCAUGGAGCGUGUUGCCUGGGAAAUUGCGGAGAGAGUCUGCAAAGUGGUGAAUCUUCGGACUUUGUUCAGAGAAAACCGAGCGAGUGCGCGACACAAAACCUUGGAGGCCAGGAACACCCUCAACAUGUGGAAAAAGGCCUAUUUCGACAUCCGGGCCAAGAUCGAGGCUUCAGGGAGAGAAGCUCGGUGGGAGUUUGAUCGGAAACGGCUGUUCGAGAGAACAGAUUACAUGGCCACCAUCUGCCAGGAUCUCUACGACGUCCUGCAGGUCAUGGAGGAAUUCUACAACAUAUUUGGUUCAGAGCUAAAAGCAGUGACUGGGGAUCCCAAGCGCAUCGACGAUGUGCUGUCCAGGGUGGACAGCCUGGUCACCCCCUUGGAAAGCCUGACCUUUGACCCCUUCAGCAUCAAGUGCUCCCAGUACUGGAAAUACGUGAUGGACGACUUCAAGAUCGAAGUCCUGGUUAUUGAGAAAGAAGCAAAAAAUUUUAUUGACGAAUCUUUUAAGACACUUCGAUCAGCUGAAGCAGCAUUUGACAUGCUUUUAAAAUUUAAGCAUAUUCGUUCACGGGAGGCCAUUAAUCGACAAAUGAUGAUGAAAUUUAAUGAUAUUCUUGCACAGUACUGUAAAGAGAUUGACAUCGUUAACAAAAUCUUUGUUCAGAACCUUGACAACCCACCGCUGUAUAAGAAUCACCCGCCUGUAGCAGGUGCAAUCUACUGGGAACGGUCCCUGUUCUUCCGGAUUAAGCACACCAUCCUCAGAUUUCAAGAAGUAGAGGAGAUCUUGGACAGUGAUGGAGGAAGAGAAGCAAAGCAAAAAUAUCUGGAAGUGGGUAGGACAAUGAAAGACUACGAAGAUGAAAAGUAUGAGCAGUGGAAAGAGACAACAGAGCAGGUCCUGCCAACUCUCAUGAAGAAGAGUCUGCUCACCAAGACUUCUGCUGCUGGUGAUGACGCCCAGAACUCUGACAGGGGGACUGGUUUUGCAGUCAACUUUUCACCUGCUCUCAGGGAGAUUAUUAACGAAGCAAAGUACUUGGAACAGCUGGGGUUCCCUGUCCCCGAAUUAGCAAGGAAUGUUGCCCUCCAGGAAGACAAAUUUCUUAGGUACACGGAUGGGAUACAACGUAUGUUGGAUCAUUAUCACAUGCUCAUUGGAACGUUAAAUGAGGCAGAGGCUCUUCUCCUUGACGACCAUUCCCAGGAAUUAGUAAGAGUGUUUAGGUCUGGAUAUAAGAGGUUAAACUGGAACUCACUAGGUAUUGCUGACUACAUAACUCGGUGCAAACAGGCCAUUGGGAAAUUUGAGUCCCUCGUCCACCAGAUUCAUAAGAAUGCAGAUGACAUUUCUUCCAGACUUACCUUAAUAGAAUCCAUAAAUCUCUUUAAGUAUCCAGCACCUAAAAGUGAGGAAGAACUCCCAGGCAUGAAGGAAUUCUUUGAGCACAUUGAACGAGAAAGGGCCAAAGAUGUGGACCACAUGGUCAGAUGCUAUCUCGCCAUUGGGCCUCUACUGACCAAAGUCGAGGGGCUGGUUAUCCACACCAACACGGGCAAGGCCCCCAAGCUGGCCUCCUACUACGAAUACUGGGAAAAUAGAAUUUACGAGGUCUUGACAAAGCUCAUCCUGAAGAAUUUGCAGUCUUUUAAUUCUUUAAUCCUUGGAAACGUCCCUUUGUUCCAAAUGGAAACCAUUUUGACGGCGCCCGAGAUCAUCCUGCACCCCAGCGCGAGCGAGGUUGACAAAUUGUGCGUCCACUGUGUCCGAAAUUGUGUGGAGGUGACCAAGAAUUUUGUUCGCUGGAUGAAUGGCAGCUGCAUAGAAUGCCCCCCUCAGAAGGGAGAGGAAGAAGAACCUGUUAUAAUCAACUUUUACAAUGAUGUUUCUCAGAACCCUCAGAUAAUUGAGCAGGCCGUUAUGAUCCCCCAGAACGCCCACAGGAUUCUGAUCCAUCUGAUGAAGUACCUGCAGAAAUGGAAGCGGUACCGACCGCUCUGGAAACUGGACAAAGCCAUCGUGAUGGAGAAGUUUGCUGCCAAGAAGCCCCCUUGUGUUGCCUAUGACGAGAAGUUGCAGUUCUAUUCCAGGAUCGCCUCUGAAGUGAUGCAUCACCCCUUGAUCAAGGAUGAGCACUGCAUCCGCCUUCAGCUCGGACCCCUGGCGAACACCGUACAGGAAAAUGCCAAGUCCUGGGUGGUUUCACUUGGGAAGCUCCUUAAUGAGUCAGCCAGAGAGGAGCUCCAUCAUCUGCACGAAGAGAUAGAGUUCCUGACCAAAAACCUGAAGAAGAGCCCCAGUACCCUUCAAGAUCUCAAGUUUGUCCUUGCAACAAUCGCAGAAAUAAGAAGUAAAUCUUUAGUGAUGGAACUAAGAUACCGGGAUGUCCAGGAGAGGUACCGCACCAUGGCGAUGUACAGUCUCUUUCCUUCCGAUGCAGAGAAAGAACUGGUUGACAAGAUUGAGAGCAUGUGGUCAAACCUGUUUACUGAUGCAUUGAACGUGGAGCGUACUCUGGGAGAUGUAAAGAGAACGUUCACAGAGAUCACUCGAGGUGAAAUAUUAAACUACAGACAGCAGAUAGAGGGCUUUGCAAGACGUUUUUAUCAUGAAGGCCCUGGUUCUGUUGGUGAAGAUCUUGAUAGAGGAGUAGACCUUUUAGCCACUUUUGAAAAAGAGCUGAUGAGACACGAAAAGGACCGUCAGGAGUUGGCUAAUGCCGAGAAGCUUUUUGAUCUUCCAAUUACGACGUACCCAGAGCUGCUGAAAGUGCGGAAGGAAAUGAGCGGGCUGAAGACCGUUUACGAGCUCUACGAAGGACUAAAGGUUGCAAAGGAAGAAUGGUCUCAGACACUCUGGAUCAACCUAAAUGUUCAGUUUCUCCAGGAAGGAAUUGAAAGUUUUCUCAGGUCCCUCAGAAAGCUGCCCCGGCAGGUCCGAAAUUUAUCAGUGGCCUACCAUUUGGAAGCAAAAAUGAAGGCGUUCAAAGACUCGAUUCCUUUACUUCUUGACUUGAAGCACGAGGCUUUAAGAGACAGGCAUUGGAAAGAGCUUAUGGAGAAAACAGGCGUGAUGUUUGAAAUGACUGAAACAUUCACCUUGGAAAACAUGUUUGCUAUGGAGCUUCACACACACACAGAUGUUCUCAACGAGAUUGUGACGUCGGCCAUCAAGGAGAUAGCCAUUGAGAAGGCUGUGAAGGAAAUCCUGGACACGUGGGAAAAUAUGAAAUUUACCGUGGUCAAGUAUUACAAAGGCACCCAGGAGCGGGGCUACAUCUUGGGGUCUGUUGAUGAUAUUAUCCAGUGCCUGGAUGACAACACUUUCAACCUGCAAAGCAUCUCAGGAAGCAGAUUUGUGGGGCCUUUUCUGCAGACUGUUCACAAAUGGGAGAAAACGCUUUCUCUAAUAGGGGAAGUCAUUGAGGUUUGGAUGUUGGUUCAGAGAAAAUGGAUGUAUCUGGAAAGCAUCUUUAUCGGUGGAGAUAUCAGAUCACAACUUCCAGAUGAAGCAAAGAAGUUUGACAACAUUGAUAGACUGUUUAAAAGGAUCAUGGGCGAGACCUUGAAAGACCCCGUGAUCAAGAGAUGCUGUGAGGCCCCGAACCGCCUCAGAGAGCUGCAGAACAUCAGCGAGGGCCUGGAGAAGUGCCAGAAGAGCCUGAACGACUACUUGGAUUCCAAGAGGAACGCCUUCCCCAGGUUCUUCUUCAUUUCCGACGACGAGUUGCUCAGCAUCCUGGGCAACAGUGACCCCCUCUGCGUCCAGGAGCACAUGAUCAAGAUGUACGACAACAUAGCACUGCUGAGGUUUAAUGACGGGGACAGUGGAGAAAAACUGGUGUCUGCCAUGAUUUCAGCAGAAGGAGAGGUCAUGGAGUUCCGGAAGAUCAUCCGGGCCGAGGGGCGCGUGGAGGACUGGAUGACAGCAAUUUUGAAUGAAAUGCGGAGAACUAACAGGCUAAUUACCAAAGAGGCUAUCUUUAGAUACUGUGAAGACAGAACCAGGGUCGACUGGGUGCUCCUGUACCAAGGGAUGGUGGUGCUGGCCGCCAGCCAGGUGUGGUGGACCUGGGAGGUGGAAGAUGUCUUCCGUAAAGUGCAGCGAGGGGAGAAGCAGGCCAUGAAGAACUACGGCCGGAAGAUGCACCGGCAGAUUGAUGAGCUGGUCACUCGGAUCACCAUGUCCUUAAGCAGAAACGACAGAAAGAAAUACAACACCGUCCUCAUCAUCGACGUGCACGCCCGAGAUAUAGUUGACUCUUUCAUACGGGGCAGCAUUCUCGAGGCCCGGGAGUUCGAAUGGGAAAGUCAGCUGCGGUUUUACUGGGACCGAGAACCAGAUGAGCUGAACAUCCGCCAGUGCACGGGGACCUUCAGCUACGGCUACGAGUACAUGGGUUUGAACGGGAGGCUGGUUAUCACGCCCCUUACGGACCGGAUUUACCUGACUCUCACUCAGGCGCUGUCCAUGUAUCUGGGUGGGGCCCCUGCUGGCCCAGCAGGGACUGGCAAAACUGAGACCACCAAGGACCUGGCCAAAGCCUUGGGCUUGCUCUGUGUUGUAACCAACUGCGGCGAAGGCAUGGAUUACAAAGCCAUCGGGAAGAUUUUCUCGGGCCUUGCUCAGUGUGGGGCUUGGGGCUGUUUUGACGAGUUUAAUCGCAUCGAUGCCUCCGUGCUCUCAGUCAUCUCGUCCCAGAUCCAGACGAUCCGAAACGCUCUGAUCCAUCAGUUGACCAGGUUCCAGUUUGAAGGGCAGGAGAUCUCCCUGGACUCGAGAACGGGCAUCUUCAUCACCAUGAACCCCGGCUACGCGGGCCGCACGGAGCUGCCCGAGUCGGUGAAGGCCCUGUUCCGGCCCGUGGUGGUGAUCGUGCCUGACCUGCAGCAGAUCUGCGAGAUCAUGCUGUUCUCCGAGGGCUUCCUCUGGGCCAAGACUCUGGCCAAAAAGAUGACCGUUCUGUAUAAGCUGGCCCGGGAGCAGCUCUCCAAGCAACAUCAUUAUGAUUUUGGACUCAGAGCCCUUAAAUCAGUGUUGGUGAUGGCUGGUGAGCUGAAGAGAGGUUCUUCUGAACUUAGGGAGGAUGUGGUGCUUAUGAGGGCCCUUCGAGACAUGAAUCUGCCCAAGUUCGUGUAUGAAGACGUCCCUCUCUUCCUUGGUUUGAUUUCCGAUCUGUUUCCUGGACUAGACUGCCCGCGGGUUCGCUACCCCGAUUUCAAUGAUGCUGUAGAACAGGUGCUCCAGGAAAAUGGCUACGUUGUCUUACCUGUCCAGGUGGAUAAGGUGGUUCAGCUGUUCGAGACCAUGAUGACCCGACACACGACAAUGGUGGUGGGGCCCACGGGAGGGGGCAAGUCCGUGGUCAUGAAUGCCCUGUGUCAGGCCCAGACCAAGCUUGGGCUGGUGACAAAGCUGUAUGUCCUGAACCCCAAGGCUAUGAGUGUCAUAGAGCUCUACGGCAUCCUGGACCCCACCACCCGAGACUGGACGGAUGGGGUGCUGUCCAACAUCUUCAGGGAGAUCAACAAACCGACAGAUAAGAAGGAGCGAAAGUAUAUGUUAUUUGAUGGUGAUGUGGACGCUCUGUGGGUGGAGAACAUGAAUUCUGUGAUGGACGACAACAAGCUGCUGACGUUGGCCAACGGUGAGCGUAUUCGGCUUCAAGCACACUGUGCCCUGCUCUUCGAGGUUGGAGAUUUACAGUAUGCCUCCCCUGCGACUGUGUCUCGAUGUGGAAUGGUUUAUGUGGAUCCUAAAAACUUGAAAUAUCAACCAUACUGGAAAAAAUGGGUUAAUCAAAUACAAAACAAGGUGGAGCAAGGUGAUUUACAGAGUCUGUUUGAGAAAUAUGUACCCUAUCUCAUUGAUAUGAUAAUGGAGGGAAUAGUGGAUGGAAGACAAGGAGAGAAGCUGAAGACAGUAGUUCCGCAGACAAACCUAAAUAUGGUAACCCAGUUAACCAAGAUGCUGGAUUCGUUGCUAGAGGGAGAAAUCGAGGACCACGAUCUUCUGGAGUGCUACUUCUUAGAGGCUCUGUACUGCUCUCUGGGCGCUUCCCUGCUUGAGGAUGGAAGGGCUAAAUUUGAUGAACGUAUUAAACGCAUCGCUUCUUUGCCUACUGCUGAUACGGAAGGGGUUUGGGCCAACCCUGGGGAACUGCCAGGUCACCUUCCAACCUUGUUUGACUUUCAUUUUGAUCCCACACAGAAGAAAUGGAUACCAUGGAAUAAAUUAGUUCCAGAGUAUGUUCAUUCCCGUGAGAGGAAAUUUAUUGACAUCCUGGUUCAUACGGUGGAUACAACCCGUACUACCUGGACGCUGGAACAAAUGGUUAAGAUUAGGCAACCUGUUCUUUUGGUUGGUGAAUCUGGCACCUCCAAGACAGCCACUACCCAGAACUUUCUUAAAAACCUGAACGAAGAGACUAAUAUUGUGUUAAUGGUCAGUUUCUCCUCCCGCACCACGUCCAUGGAUAUCCAAAGAAAUUUAGAAGCCAACGUGGAAAAACGAACCAAAGACACAUACGGCCCACCCAUGGGGAAGCGCCUCCUGGUGUUUAUGGAUGACAUGAACAUGCCAAAGGUGGACGAAUAUGGCACACAGCAGCCGAUUGCCCUGCUGAAACUGCUGUUGGAAAAAGGCUACCUGUACGACCGGGGGAAAGAGCUGAACUGUAAAAGCAUCCGAGACUUUGGCUUUAUUGCUGCGAUGGGGAAAGCGGGGGGAGGCCGCAACGAAGUCGACCCGAGAUUUAUUUCACUCUUCAGUGUCUUCAACAUUCCAUUUCCUUCAGAGGAGUCUUUGCACUUAAUUUAUUCCUCCAUCCUCAAAGGCCAUACCUCGGUGUUUCAUGAGAGCAUUGUGGCUGUAAGUGACAAGCUGACAUCCUGCACUUUGGCACUUUACAAAAACAUUGUUCAGGAUCUACUGCCCACCCCAUCCAAGUUCCACUACAUCUUUAACCUUCGAGAUCUCUCGCGGAUUUUUAACGGUCUUGUCCUCACUAACCCAGAACGGUUCCAGACGGUGACCCAGAUGGUGAGAGUCUGGAGGAACGAGUGUCUGAGAGUCUUCCACGACCGGUUAAUCAAUGAAACAGACAAGCAACUGGUCGAAGAGCACAUAGGCAACUUGGUCACGGUACAUUUCAGCGAUGACGUGGAGGUGGUGAUGAGGGACCCCAUCCUGUUUGGAGACUUCCGGAUGGCUCUGCAUGAAGAGGAAAUGCGCAUUUAUGAAGACAUUCAGGACUAUGAAGCGGCCAAGGCUUUGUUCCAGGAAAUUCUUGAAGAGUAUAAUGAAAGCAACACCAAAAUGAGCUUGGUUCUCUUUGACGAUGCUUUGGAGCACCUGACCCGUGUGCACCGCAUCAUUCGACUGGACCGUGGCCAUGCCCUGCUGGUCGGGGUCGGGGGCUCCGGGAAGCAGUCUCUGGCCAGGCUGGCCGCCUUCACAGCUGGCUAUGAGGUGUUUGAGAUCCUUCUGAGCCGCGGCUACUCUGAGAACAAUUUCCGGGAAGAUCUGAAGAACCUUUACCUGAAGCUUGGCAUCGAGAACAAGAUGAUGAUCUUCCUGUUCACGGACGCCCACGUGGCCGAGGAGGGUUUCCUGGAGCUCGUCAACAACGUGCUCACCUCAGAGGAGGCAUCAUUCAGGGUCUCACAGGUGGGCAGGCGCAUCCCAGGCCGAGGGUACAGUGUGUACGGCGGGGGCACGGUGAGCUGGGGGACGGGAUGCGAAGCAGGUGAAGGGGCCACACUGCGCAGGGCCUUGUGA